CUUCCUUAACGACCAAGUCAUCCGCUUGAUUUUCCGUCUUUAUUACCUUCAGAGAUCUUGAACAAGGUUUCACAAGCUCUCUCCAAUGGCGGCUCUGGGACAUCUGCCUGAAGAAGUGAUGAUCGAGAUUCUCUCCAGGCUUCCGCCGGAGUCUCUGCUUCGAUUCAAGACCGUUCGAAAAUCCUGGUAUGCUCUAAUCGACAACCCUAAAUUCGCAACCAAACAUUUCUCCAAUUCUCUUAAGCACAAACACGUUCUUCUCAAGCGUCUUGUUACGAAGAACUCCGGCAAGAAGGAAAAUAUCUUCUCCUUCCUCAAAUUUCCCCUUCCCCUCGAUGGAUCUGUGCCGGUUUUCGAUGUCGAUUGGCCAUUCGAUGAGGAUUUUCGAUAUUUCGAAAUCCGUGGCCAUUCUCACGGUUUACUCUGCCUCACCGAUCUUCGUAGGGACAUUUUCCUCUGCAAUCCAGCCACCAGAGAGUUUCGGAAACUACCGCAGUCGAUUCUCCUCCUCACCGAACCCCCGACUGAGCCAGAUGGGUACGAUUCGUCCACGAACGCAGUCGGAUUUGGGUACGAUUCGAAAUCUAAGGAUUUCAAAGUGGUUAGGGUUGUGAAUUUUGUGGAAGGACCGGGGUAUUUUCACCCUCCGAGAGCGGAAAUUUAUGAUUUGAGUAAAGAUCGAUGGAGAGAAAUUGAGACUCCUAUUUGUGGCCAUGUAUUUUGGGCCCCUUCCUUUGAGAUGUACCACGAAGGAACAUAUUAUUGGUGGGCAGAUACAGAUGACAAGGAAGAAAUUAUACAGUCAUUUGACAUGAGUGAGGAGGUUUUCAGGCGAAUUCCGGUACCAGAGAGUUUUGAGGGAGAACGCGAGAGGUAUAGAAGUAUGGGAAUUUUGAAUGGAUCGAUUGUUCUGUUUCAUUAUCCAUCCAGAGGGGAUGAAAGAGAGUUUGACAUAUGGGGGAUGGAGAAGGAUGAAUUUGGUGGAGUUUCAUGGUCAAAGCUACUCACAAUUGGGCCUCUCCGAGGAAUUGAGAAGCCAUUGGUGUUUGUGAGUUCGGAUGAACUCUUAAUGGAAGCCAACGAAGGGCAGAUAGUUUUGUACAAUGCUCGAAUCCAACAGUUGAAAGAACUUCCUAUAAAAGGGCACCCAGCCAGGUUCCAAGCUACUCUUUUUGUUAAGAGUUUGGUGUCGGUAAAUGGAGGAAAUAACUUGAAAUAUGAAAUUUAAAUCCAAGUUUUAGCCGAAUAGUUUACUUUUGAAUCCAUGCUUUAGCUUUUACACAAAAUCAUCUACUUCCUUGUACACCCUUACCUCCUUGUAUGAGUGUGAUUUUAGAACUAAUGGUGAUCGAUGAUAGUAAGACCCCACGUGUUUUUAAAUAAGCAAUAUCGGGGUUACACCCAUCCUUUGUUUCUUAUUGACUUAUUGGAAAGACGGUAUUCUCAUA